UUCCUUUCUUGUUUGUGUCCAUUUUCGUUUUAUGAAAUGAAUUAGUGCGAUAAGGCCGGAGAUUCUGAUUUACGAUGGCAGUCGCAAAGAUUGCUUUGAAUCAAUCGGUAGGGUUGGUUUCAACAAGCUCCCAGCUUCCACGUUUGACGAUUUUCAUGUGACUGAUAAGACAUAUACACAUGUAUAUCGGGUUCUGUUUUUAGAGCUUACUUACAUUUUAAAACUCCUGUGAUCGUGCUUCAUCGCCCUUUUUAAUUCCAGAGUUUAGAUUACCGGAUUAGGAUCUACAUAGCAACAGGAAAGCGAAAAAAAAUCAAACUCUAUGGGCUUGGGGACGCGGUUGUCCUGGCUUUUCGCGGCGGCGAUACUGUUCAUGGCAAUGGCCAGUGUUCGGACGGAGAUAAAGUCCCAGUGCGACAUGGUGGCUUGGGACUCCAACGAAACGCAGUGGCGGCAGGGCGGUGAAGUUGAAGUUUUCUGCCAGUGUAGAAACGGCUCAAGUGAUUUGGAUAUGGAGCAUAUGGUGACAAUAGAAUUGGAGGACCACCAGUUGAAAAAUACCGAGUUUGACAGCAAAAACGCCACUAUGAAAGUGAAACUUGUAGCUCUUACCCAGACCUGGAUUCGAAGUUACCAGUGUCUUUUUGAUGGUGUUUUAAGACAGGCGAACUAUUUUAGAGUGUAUGCUCUAUUGAAUGUGAAGGAUUUUAAAUGCCAGUACAUAAGGUUUGACGAAACCAAAACUAACAUCACUUGUACUUUCACCCGGGCGGAAGGCAAAACCUUAACCGAACUAACCAAUUAUGAACUAAUGAUGAAAUCCACUCGACUCGACUGCCAAACAAAUGAGGAAAACACUAAACAAAUAAUUUGCACCGUAAAUAUCAACUCAAAUGACAUAAAACCAAAAAUUAUGAAUUUCAGACUUACCAUGUUCGACACAUUAGGCAACCAGACACAGGAUUUCAAUCUAACUCAGUUCGAGAUGACAAUGCUGGAGUGGCCAACAGAGCAUAAAACUUUUACAUAUAACAACCAUCCUUGCGUGUCGUGGAACAGGAAACCCGUGGUCAAGGAUUCGCCCGCCAUUAAAUGGGAUGUGCAGCUGCAGCCCGUUAAAUAUCCGAAUUUGGUCAGGAGUUUAACAUUAUUCACAAAGCCCCAACCGAAAGACACAACGGAUACGAUCUGCUUUGAAAAUCUGGAAGGCAAUCAGAAAUUCAAUGUGCUGGUUAAGCGUCGCAUCAACGAGACGGGUGCACCCUGGUCAAAACAUUACCACGAGUUCGCAGUACAAACAGAAUCCAAGCCACCAGACCGCCCACCAAAAUUUUUGCCAUUGGGCUACCGUUACAAGGACCAAGAGCUGACGGUUUAUUGGGAGCCGCUCAAAGAACUGGAAUGGAAUGCUCCGCACCUGGAAUACUUUGUCAACAGCAAGAGCAACAGACUGAAAGCGAGCAAAGUUGGCAAAAAUUUCGCGGUAUUUGGGAAAUGGAAUUACAAGAAGCCGGACACGGUGUUUUUAUGGAGCAAAAAUGAAAAAGGGCUUUCGGCAGAAUGGAGCCGGCUAGAGGUGCCUGAACUGACUGACGCCAUGAAUCGAAAAGCCCAGAAUUUGACCCUUGCUGACAAUAUUCUAACCUGGGAAAAGCCCGUGGAUGACGAAAAUCUAAAUGGUUAUUUUUUCUAUUUUUGCAACGGAACCGAUGAAGUUUGCCACUCGAACUAUACCACCAAGCUGGAGUACAACGUAACCGGACUGGGCGCGAUCCAUAAGGCCGUGGCGGCUAAAUACAGUGACCACAAGAGCGGCGGCAUGAAGUGGUUAUCUGACCGCGAGGAUACCGCUAAUAUCCGGUACGUGGAAGGGAUCAUUGCGCUGUUAGUGCUCGGUGCGGCCUUCCUCGGGGCCAGAAAGCUGAAGGAUAUGUCAAAAAUCGGCGUUAGUGUGCCCCCGGGACUGCUGCUGCCUAGAACCCCCUCAGUGCCUGAGCUAGCCGAGCCUUCACAGCCCUAUGCGGGAGUUCCACACCCUAAAACGCUCUUUUUUAACCUUAUAAACAUGGAACCCAUUGAACCCGCUGAUGAGCAUAUAGAACCAGAGCACAUGGAGGAGGAAACCUCCAUGACAGUGGCAGAGCAGGUGGCGCAGCCCAGUGGAUACGUUAUGAUGAACGCAGUGAAUCCCACAUUGUGCAAUGGGUAUAUAAAGCCAUCGCCUCCACGAUGAUAAUUGUGAGUACGCUAUAGUCUUGCCCGCAUUGCAUCAUUGUGUGAGUUCACUGUAAAAAGCUCUGAAUCGCAAUUAUUCAUUUAAAUUCCACUUAGGGCGGGUCUUAAUCACUUUUUUUUUUAUCACAUCCUGGUAUUAUAAGUUAUUCAACAUUAAAAAGCAGUGGAGUGAAAAUUCACAACCCGGAAAAGGGUAUAUUUAUGUUCCUGUUCAGCAUCACAUAGCGAGUAAAUAUUUGAGCUAGAGAUUAAGGUUGGAUAAGAAAAAAAAAAAAUGUAAAAAUAGCGCUUUAUCUCUGGGGUAGUGGAUUAUAGCGUGGUUU